AUGUCAUCGAAGAUUCAGCUAUUUCGAAAUAUUCUCCGUGAACUUCGACAUGUUCGAAAGAAUCAAAAAGCGCCUUUUGACUAUUCACCAGUAAUGCAAUACGUUAUUUCUGAAUUUAGAAAUAAUCAUUUAACCGAUGCUCAAAAAUGUGCUAGAGAAAAUGAAAGUGUUCAUCUAGCUGAAACAUAUUUAAAUUAUUUGCAGAAUUUACGAAAACAUUCAGAGCUCGUGGAAUUGUAUAAAUCCAAAGAGAAAACAACUGAGGAAGCCGCUAAAAUGGUUGGAUUAGCUCUACCAGAAACAAAUUAUCAUGAAUGA